AGCGACGAAGAAGACAACAGAUAUGGCGAUGUCCUGCACUGCACUCAUGCCGGUUCGGGCACUCGUCGCUUUAAGGAGAAAAACUCUUGAAAUUAAUAAAGACAUCUGGUCAAAGUGGACUUUUGUAAGUCAGUAUAGGACUAAAACAGGUGUCAUCCAUAAACAUCGCAACUCUCCGCCGGAAACUGUUCACAAAGGUGGUCCUGAUCUUCUCCGAGAGUUUCCUCAACCUAAGAACCUCUUGUACACCACGCUGUCCAAAUCCCUGGGUCUGUCCGAUCUGUCCGAGUACAUCCAGUACAGCUGCAGCGAUGGGGAGGUCAAGAGAGCAACAGUCACCCUCCAGUGGCCCGUGCCGAUGGAGGCGGAGGGCUUUGGGUCUCGUAAGCUGGAGGCCGAGCGUCAAGCAGCAGCUGCAGCUCUAUGUAAACUCAGAGAGCUGGGAGUCCUCGGUCAAGGAAAUCAACCAUCCGUUAGAGGAAAGACGAGACCGAAAGGGAGGCAGACAUCUGUCUGGGAAGAUAAAGAAGACGAUGAUGACUCUCUGCCUCUCAAGAAGAAAACACAGAAGGAACGAGCCCAAGGGCCAAUAGAAGAGGAUCCGACGGUGACCGAGGCACUCUCCAUGUUUCCAAAGCCGAGGGCACUUCUGGGAAGUGUCAUUCAGGUCGCCACAUCAUCCUGCAGAGUCAGAGAGCUGCUUCAGUACAGGACGACUGGUGGGACGGUGAAGACAUGCGAGUUGACCUUACGCUGGCCGGAGGAGAUGACCUUUACAGCUCACGGCCGGCGUAGACUGGAAGCGGAGUCUAAAGCAGCGGCACUGGCUUGUCUCCGGUUUAAGGAACUGAAGCUUCUGGAUGAGCAGAACAACCCUCUGACUCACGCCAGGUACCAUCAGCAGGAGGUGCGUGAAGCAGGCGAGAGGCACAGGCGACCCUGCCGUGUUGAAAUACCCCAGGAUCUGGAACAGAGGAUUCAACAGUACCUCGCACAGCAUCCAGUCGAGGCUGAAGUUCAGAAGUUGUGGGAUGAAGAGGAGCAGCAAUCAGUUCAGUCGUCUUCCAUCAGUUCAGAUGACGAUGAUGAGGACGACUUCAUUAAAGAUGUUAUUACUAAUAAGCCAUACCGCCCUCUGCGCCCUGAGGAGCAGGAGAGUCUCAGCGACCACCUGCUCGGCCUGUGGGCGGGGGCGGGGCCCGGCCGAGGGGUGGAGCUUCCGGUGGACUCCUAUAAAGAGAGCCUGCUCGCAGCGGUGAAGUCCUCACAGGUGGUCGUGAUCGCUGGAGAGACGGGCUGCGGGAAGACCACGCGGAUCCCACGCUUCCUGUUGGAGGGCUGCGUUAGGAGCGGAGACGGGGCCAAAUGCAACAUCCUGGUCACACAGCCUCGUCGCAUUAGUGCAGUGUCUGUGGCGCAGCGUGUGGCGCAGGAGAUGGGACCCGCCCUCCGCCACUGUGUGGGAUACCAGGUGCGUCUGGAGUCUCGUCCUCCUGAGCGCAGCGGUGGCGCUCUGCUCUUCCUCACCGUCGGCGUCCUCCUGCGGAAACUACAAUCCAACCCUGGCCUCCAGGGCAUCAGCCACGUCGUGGUGGACGAGGUCCACGAGAGAGACGUCAACACCGACCUGCUCCUGGCCCUGCUGCACUCGGUCCUGAAGGAGAACCCAGAGCUGCGAGUGGUCCUGAUGAGCGCGACCGGAGACACGCGCCGGCUGGCUCAGUAUUUCGGGGGAUGCCCAGUGGUGCGUGUGCCUGGAUUCAUGCACCCGGUGCAGGCGAGGUACCUGGAGGAGGUGAUGACCGAGAUGGGUCGACCGCUCCUGGAGAAGAGCAGGGAGAAGAGGAACGGGCGGUACGUUCAGAUGAAGGCUGACAUG